AUGGCUGCGCCGCCGGAGAUCACUUGCAUCAAUCUAUCGGGCAAAUUCGUCAUGAACAAAACCCUUUCGGACGACAUCGACUCAAUGCUCGCUCUCCAGGGCCUGAGCUGGCUCACUCGAACUGCAAUCAGCCUGGCGACGGUCGUACUUACCAUCAAAGAAUACAAGAAAGAUGACGUCUACCAUGUUGACAUCACCUCAGUUGCCUCGGGCCUCACAACGACUCAAGAAAAUCGCACGCUAGAUUGGCAAGAGCGAGAUCAUCAUGAUCGCAUCUUCGGGAACUGUCGGGGCAAGUCAAGACUCUGGAACACAGGCGAAUACAAGAUGGAAGGCCCCGGUACAGAAGAGGAUGCAGUGUUCCUGCAGGCACAGAAGCUCAAGGACGGGCAGACAGAUUCCAAGUUUCUGGACGACGAACAUCUUCAAAGUUGGGUGAAGAACAUGGACGAGGCAGGCUGGCAGGCUGAGCAGAACUGGGGUUUCGAAGAUAUCAGUGGUGAACGGCGAUAUACUCGGCGGGUAUUGGUCUGGAAAGAAGGUGAAAUUCGAAGAGCCCGGCUCGUGUAUGACUACAAGGGACAGGCUGAGAAGAAGGAAGAUGACGAGGAUGACCUGGCAUAUGGCGAGGAUAAUGAAUGA